UACACUUUUGUGUUCAUCCUUUGGUUUUAUGUAGCUCUUCUAACAAAACAACUUUGUGUGCUUCCUUUCUAUUUGUUGUAUUAGAUUUUAUUUCCUCGGGAUCUGAUGUUAUUUUAGACAGCCAAAGGACAAACUUCUUUUCAUCACUUCAAUUCCCGAGGAUAUAAAACGUUUGGGUCCCAAACAUUCUUUUCUUCUUUGCUCUUUUGCCUUUGUUUUUUUGUCUCCUUUGCUUGCUUAUUAAUUGAGGACGAGGGAUCUUGUACCAAAAGGAACUAUUUCUCUCUCUGAUCACCAUCUACUGGUAGCAGAAGAACCAGAUCUAUCUGAAGAAAUUUGAUUAGUUGAUCGAUCAAAAAACCAUUUCCAAGGUUGUAGACUCACACCUUUGAGAGGAUGAAUACCUUUUCACACGUUCCUCCAGGUUUUAGAUUCCACCCGACGGAUGAAGAGCUUGUAGAUUACUACCUUAGGAAAAAGAUUGCAGCUAAAAGAAUUGAUCUUGAUGUUAUCAAAGAUAUUGAUCUCUAUAGAAUUGAACCAUGGGAUCUUCAAGAAUUAUGCAAGCUAGGAACUGAAGAACAAAAUGAGUGGUAUUUCUUUAGCCACAAGGACAAGAAAUAUCCGACAGGAACUCGAACUAAUAGGGCUACAAAAGUUGGUUUCUGGAAAGCGACUGGAAGAGAUAAGGCCAUAUACUCAAAGCACAAUCUUGUUGGCAUGAGAAAGACCUUGGUGUUUUAUAAGGGUCGAGCUCCUAAUGGACAGAAAUCAGAUUGGAUCAUGCACGAGUAUAGAUUAGAAACCAAUGAAAAUGCUAUGACUCAGGAGGAAGGAUGGGUUGUAUGCAGGGUGUUCAAAAAACGAAUAACAACCGUACGUAGAAUGGACGAACAUGAUUCUGUGUGUUGGUACGAUGAUCAAGUCUCAUUCAUGCCGGAUUUUGAAUCCCCAAGUCGAGUAUCUCAUUCUCAUCCUUAUACAUCGAACAGUUCAUUCCAGCAUCAAUUUCCUGCGAAAUCUGAGCUUGAUGAUCAAAUCCAUUAUAACUUCCCUCGUGAGCACUCCUUCCUCCAGCUUCCUCAAUUAGAGUCUCUUAGAUUUCCACAAUCUUCAGCUGGUAACAUUAACGCUUCCUAUGCAACCACUUUUCAACCUCCAACUGAUCACCAAUUGAACCCCAACUUGCUUUAUGGUUAUAAUAAUAAUGGUGAUGGUGGUGGAAAUGAUGUUCAAGUGAUGACUGAUUGGCGUGUAAUGGAUAAAUUUGUUGCUUCUCAGUUUAGUAACGAUCAAGAUGCAGUCACCAAGGAAAACAAUUAUUUGAAUCCUCCUACAUCGUCUCUUCAAAUGGCUGCUGAACAGGUGAACAUGAUUUUAAGCGAGUCUAAGAGUGAUGAGAUGGCUUCAGAAGGCGCCUCGAUAUCCACCUCCACCUGCCAUAUUGAUCUGUGGAAGUAAUUAAUCAAAACAGAACUUUAAUUGAACUCCUUGUUCAACAAGGAAAAAAAAUGAGGCAUAUAUUAUAGUGACUAAAGUGUAUGUACUAAUAUAUCAAAGUAUCAAACUGUUGAUCUAGUUGUUGUACAUAAUAAUUCUAAUAUCGGUCAUCAAAUUUGUUGUGCUAAGCUAUACAAUAUGUAUUAUCUUGAUUUUAAUAAUUUGGUAUUCGUUAUAAA